AUGAUGAUGGCCAACAACACCACUGCCCACACUCUGACCUUGUUGUCCUGUGAUGACCCUGAAGGGUGGACCCCAUCUCACGUCCUCAUUCCCCUGCUGCACAUCCUCAUCUGCGUCCUGGGUCUCUUGGGCAACAUUGUGGUCAUCUACAUCGUUUGGCGUGACCGCUCUAAGUGGCGCACUCUGGACCUGUACAUCGUCAGCCUGGCUGUGGCCGACUUCAUCUUUUUGGUCAACCUGCCGCUGUGGGCCACGUAUGAAGCGAUGGGAAACCACUGGGUCUUUGGCAGAGCCCUGUGCAAGCUCAGCAACUUCAUGUGGCUCGUCAACAUGUACGCCAGCAUCUUCUCCCUCACCUGCCUGAGCUUGCACCGUUACCUGACGAUCGUACGCUCCAGGGCCAAUUUGCAGCUAUGCACCCGCAGUAUAAAGACCUUACUGGUCUUCGUCUGGCUGCUGGCUGGCCUGCUGUCCAUCCCCGAGCUGGUGUUCAACAACACCUUUCAGGAGGACAACAGGACCAGGUGCAGCAUGGAUUUUCGCGUGGUGGUCGACGGAAGAUCUAAACUGCAGUGUGACGCCACCCUGGACCUCAUGAACUCGGUGGUGGGGCUUGUCGUGCCACUGCUGGCUGUGAUGGUCUGCUACGGCUGCAUCGCCUACACACUGGCGCGCCACUUCCACGGUGAGGCCAGGGAGGCCCGGCGCAUGCGGCGUCUGCUGAAGAUCAUCUGUCUGCUGGUGCUGGUGUUUGCCGUCUGCUGGACGCCCUACCACGUGGCCACGCUGCUCUUCUCCCUCAGCCGCCUCCUCGGCAACGGGGACGCAGCGCUAUCUUGCAGCGUUCACGGUGCGGCGUAUCCGUACAUUGAGUGCCUGGCCUACGCCAACAGCUGCAUGAACCCCCUUCUGUAUGCCUUUUGUGACCCGUUCUUCCGCUCGCAGUGCCUCACUCUGGUCCACCUGAGGAAGACCCCAGUCUCCGGGUCCAGCAGCACUAAAGACGGAGAGGAGAGGCCAAUAGUAGGUGUAGGCCUACCCUUCUCAGGGUCCACUAGCAAUGGUGAGGAAAAGAAGGUACAAGUUAGGCCAAUCUCCAGGUCUGACAACCAUGGCACCACAGGUGAAGGAACGGGGCACCAAGUAGCAGAGGCAUCAGACACAGAUGUAAAUUCAUGAUGUGUAUCUACACCUGUACACUGUAUCAAAUUGUUAUUCGAGGCUAUAUAGGAUUUACUUACACGGUGUCCCACUGGCGGAACGAUGUGCAUAAUGAGGCUACAGGUCACCAGAAAAGCAACCCCUUGGAUUGAACCAGCUCAGAAUCAACUGCUUGGAAGACAGGUGGUCUACACUGUAGUGACUAAUGACUCAGUAAAGUUAGCUGUGUUGGAAGAAAACUGUGGCAGCUUGUUCCCCAUUCUUUUACUUCUUCUUCUACAUUUGACUACUCUGACAGGCAUAGAGUGACAGUCUCCAGGUCGCCUGUAGCCAUGAGAGGAAUGAAGGACGGUGAAGAAAAGGGGCCUAUUGAGUAGGUAUGUGUGUGAGAGAGAGUUCUGCUAGUGAGGGUUGUAUUAGUUUGCGCCUGGUUAAAUAUU